AACAAGCUCUGGAUCCGUCGCGAACCCCACGGCGGGCGCGCGCCUGUGCAUCAGGUCCCUUCGUCCAUUUCGCCUCGAGUCCUGGCCCGUGGACCAGGAUAGAUAAGACCAGUACAGUCAGCCCUCACCCAUAAAGGCCCCGGCGCAACCAUUGCAAUCUGCACCAGGCCUUCCAAUUUCUACCUGGCGCCUUUGGGUGCACAUACAGUAUAUUAUUACCGCCUCGCCUCCACCUCGUCCGCCUCUUCUGCCCUCCGUCCACCAGGCCCCGUACCCGCCCUCGCCCCUUCCACGGCCCCCCAGCUCCCAUCGCCACCAUGUCGUACGCAUGGAUCGGCGCUCCCACGCCCUUCAAUGGCACCAACUCGGUCACUGGCGGUGAUUCUGUCAACGAGAACCUGAACCAAUGGUACCAGCCAGGCGACCAGGCCUACAUCCUCGUGGCUUCGGCCAUGGUGUUGAUCAUGGUUCCUGGCCUGGCCUUCCUCUACUCCGGUCUGGCUCGCAGAAAGUCGGCCCUCUCGCUCAUCUGGGCCUGCAUGUUCUCGUGCUCCGUCAUAACCUUCCAAUGGUACUUUUGGGGCUACUCGCUCGCCUUUGGUCCCUCCAAGAAUGGCUUCAUCGGCAACCUCGACAGGUUUGGUCUCAAGGGUGUGCUUGGCGCUCCCAGCCAGGGCAGCCCUCUGAUUCCUGAGCUGCUGUACUCCUUCUACCAGUUGCAAUUCUGCGCCGUUACAGCCGCCAUUGUCGUCGGCUGCGUCGCCGAGCGCGGUCGCUUGAUCCCCAUGAUGGUCUUCAUCUGGCUGUGGGCCACAAUCGUCUACUGCCCCGUCGCAUACUGGGCCUGGAACGCAAACGGCUGGUUCUUCAAGUGGGGUGGUCUGGACUAUGCUGGUGGCGGUCCUGUCGAAAUCGUGUCCGGUUGCAGUGCCUUGGCCUACUCGAUGAUUCUUGGACGUCGCCAGGAGAAGAUGAUGCUCAACUUCCGCCCUCACAACGUCUCUUUGAUCACCCUCGGAACCGUCUUCCUGUGGUUUGGCUGGUUGGGCUUCAACGGUGGCUCCGCUUUCGGUGCCAACCUUCGCGCCGUCAUGGCCUGCUGGAACAGCAACCUGACUGCCAUGUUCGCCGCCAUGACCUGGGUUAUUCUUGAUUGGCGUCUGGCUCGCAAGUGGUCCAUGGUUGGCUGGUGCUCAGGUACCAUCUCCGGACUCGUUGCUGCCACUCCCGCCUCUGGUUUCAUCCCUCCAUGGGCAAGCGUUUGCCUCGGCAUCACCACUGGUAUUGUUGCCAACUUUGCCACCAAGAUCAAGUUCUGGAUCAAGAUCGACGAUUCCCUCGAUGUCUUCGCCGAGCACGGUGUCGCUGGAAUGUGGGGUCUUUUCUUCAACGGCAUCUUUGGUGCCAGGUACAUUAUUGGUCUCGACGGUGUCAACAACGCAUUGUCGGCUGGUGCCAUCACCGGUACUGGGGCCACCGUCUACAAGCAAAUCGUCUACAUUCUCGCCUGUACCGGCUACUCGUUUGUCGUCAGCGCCCUCCUCGCUUUUGUCAUCGACAAGAUCCCCGGCCUCAAGCUUCGUGCUUCCGAGGAGGCUGAGCUCCUUGGUAUGGAUGACGACCAACUCGGCGAGUUUGCCUACGACUACGUCGAGGUCCGCCGUGACUACCUUGCGUGGACCCCUGCCAAGGGUGACCCCCUCAACAGCGAGCACUCGGUACCCCAAGGUGACCGCCACGGCAUCCCUCAGCACAGCCAGAUGCUCGAGGGCAAGGCUCCUUCAGAAAACUCGAGCCACGACCACGACCACACGGGCAUCGGCGGUGACAGGCAUGCUGUUGCCAUGGGUCCCGAGCAUCAGGAAAAGCAGGUUCACACCUAAGCUUUUGUCCUUUUCAGUGUUUUGAAUUUGCUCCUUGCGAUGUUUUGAGUCAAACUGUUCGAGAUACCACCAGCGCUCUCGUCCUUGGGCUGAGCCUUUUUUUCAUAUAUACUUCUUAGAUAUGUGCAAGCACCUUUCCGAUUUAUAAAAGUGUACUAUACAUGGUAUUUCAC